AUGUUAUUAUUUAUAUUAUUUCCAAUUGUACUUUCACAAACUCAAAUCUGCCAAACUUCCGAAUUCAAUUCUGGAUAUAAAAAGGUACUUAAUAUUAUCUUAUUUAGGGAGACCAUAUAGUCAUUUGUUUAUUCUUCCAAACCACCGACAAUCAACUUUACAGAUAAGUAUAUUAAUUAAAAGUUGACUAAUACACUGCUUUAUUAGUAUCUGGAACCUAUUAAAGUCUCUCUACUAAAUAGAGUAGUAUAUGGGCUAAUUCUGGUAGCAUUCCUACUGCUUAUGGUACACCAUACACUUAAUCUGGUGGAGCAUUUCCAAUCUAAUCCAUUGUUGUUCAAAUGAUUUAAGGUAGCAUUAUUGAUGUUUUUUGGGAUAAUGUUUGUUUUGAUGGAGGUUAAUGCGAAUAAAAUUCAAUCACAACAACAACUGGAUCAACUGUAUCAGAAAAUAAUGACUUUGUUACUCAAUGUACUGGAGGUGCUUGUGAUCCCAAAGUAUAUGUGAGUUUCUUGGGAACUGAUGCAAAUGGGUAGUAUUAUACUAGUAAUGGUAUAGAAUUGAUUAAAUAAUAAAUAGGAAUCCGUAUGUCAAAGUUUAGACAAUAUUCAGCAGCAUAAAUCUUUACAAAUACUUAAAAUGCAUUUAAUGAUGUAAUAGAUGAGUAUUCGAAUUACACGUUAUCAACGAAAUGA